AUGGCGUCGCUCCGCAUGGCAGCGGCAUCAUCGUCAUCCAUUCGUUCGGUGGGUGACACGCUGCUGGCGAACAAGUCCGGUACCAGCCAAGCCGACACGGGCUCGUCGGCCGAUGCGGGCUCAUCGCUCGUCGCUGGCAGCCCCUCGUCAUCGGUUUCGGGCAGUGGUGUGGCUGCAGAGAAGAUGGCCAUGGCGAAGCUGCUUUUGCAGGCGCACGACAUCGACUUGCUGUGGGAGGUCAUGAUGGCUGAUGGCAAUGGCUGUGGCGCGCAGCAGGGGCUCUCCCCGCUCCACGCAGCUGCACAGGCAAGCUACCAUGGCGCCGACAAGGUCUUGGGCGCGCUGCUGCAGCUGCUGGCAAAGGCAAAAGUCAAGGCGGAGGCGCUUGCUGUCUGCGAUCAUCACGGGCUCACGCCAUUGCAUCACACUGCACUCGCCGGGACGUCAGCAAGCGUGCGGACGUUGGUCGCGGCCGGGGCUGACGUCAACGCCCUCUCGGACUCGAACCCGCCGCUGAGCCCGCUGCAUGUUGCUGCUCGGGCGGGAAAUGUGUCGGCUCUCGACGCGCUCAUUGCUGCCGGCGCUGCAUCACCCCCGCGCGAGGGCAUGACCUGGCUCGCCGCCCACGAGGCUGUGCUUGUCGGCUCGUCAGCUGCUCUCGCGCUGCUCCUCACCUCGUACCCGACGCCAUCGGUCAACGCCACCUCGCCGCUGCUCAUCCACCUCGCGGCGUCGUCGCCAGCCUCGCUGGCCUCGCUCGAGCUGCUGCUCGCAACCGGCGCCAACCCGAACGUCAUCGAUUCGCGCUCGUCGUUUACUCCGCUUCACACUGCGGUCGCAUCGUGCAACAUGCCCGCCCUGCACGCUCUUGCCUCCUGUCCAGCGGUCAACGUGCUUGUGCAGUCGACACUCGCUGGGACCGCGCUUCAUACUGCCGCCGCCAUUGACUCACGCGAAGGUCUCUUUGCUCUUCUUGAGCACGUCCCGACGCCAGAGGCUCGAGCCGCCGCUUUGGCGGAGACCCACCCAUCGACCAAUCACUCGGUGCUUGCCACGGCAGUCACUGCUGGCGCACUGGACGUUGUCACCGCGCUUGUCACUGUAGAGCCAAUGAUAUGCGACCCGCCGAACGAGUCGCAUCUCUUCCUCGCUGCUGCCAAUGGGCACGUCCGUAUCCUCUCCCUUCUCUUCGAUAUCAUCGGGCGCGACGCGACAAAAGCUCUCGACUCGGACGGCUUCUCGCUCAUCCACCACGCUGCCGCCCGCUCCAUGGUCUCCGACGAGCUCAUCGAGAUCCUCGGCGGGCCGCAUGGUCUUGUCACCAUGGUCGAAGCCUCGGGGCUCUACACAGAUCUUUCGCCACUUGAUCUGGCUGUGCUCGGCGCCGGCGAGGCCCAUACCCGCGGCGCUGACGUUGUUGCCUCCGCCAGAGUCCUCAUCACCGCCGUGCCUCGCUUUGUCACCACCUCGUCGCUGCAUCUCGCACUGGAUCUUCUUGGCUCUGAGAGCUUGCUGGGCGGCACGUUCCAGCUGUUCAAUCUGCUCGUCCCGUCGCGAGCUGACAUGCUUCCGCUCUUCUCCUCGGCGGCUGCGCUGGGCAAAGACGAGUGGAUCGCCACGCUCGACACACUGUACGAGGCCCGGGAGCCACCACGUACCGAUACGCGCAAGGCCACGGCGCUCUCGAAUGCGCUGCUGGAGGCAAUCAAUGCCAACCACUUGACCACCACCUGUCUCCUGCUGGGUAUGGGCGCCACGGCGCCGACCGCUGUCCAUCGCGCCGCCGCUGUCGGUGCCACGCAGAUACUCAUCGAGCUUCUUUCCGCGGGCCCGCACGCGGCUGACUCGGCGCGCCCCGACACUGAUGGCCUGCUCCCUAUCCACUACGCUGCCGCUGCAGGCAACAUCGAGGCCUGCAAAGUGCUCGCCAAGGCCGAGCCUGAAUGUCUCAACGCGCUCGACGAGAACCCAGGCUCACGGCGGAGCCCGUUGCAGCAUGCGCUUGCAACGGGCCCACCGGCAGUUGCCCUCGCCCUCAUUCGGCUGGGUGCCGAUCCCGAGCUCCAUGACGGACUCGGGCACACCGCGCUCCACCACGCCGCGCACUCGGGUCAUGCCGAUGCCGUGCACUACAUGCUCGCCAAGCACCCGCACAUUGCUAACGUCUCGUCGCCGUCGGAGCACACCGCGCUCCACGCCGCCGCGGCUGCGACCAAGUCGUCGCGUGCCAUCAUCCACGCCCUUGUCUCCAGCGGCCUCGCCCCGGAUACCACUGACGCAACCGGUGCCACACCGCUGCACAUCGCGGUGGCUGCUGGCAAUGCCGCAGCUGUUGCCGGGCUUGUGGCCGUCGGCGCCGACGCCACCAAGCUGGACGGCUCCGGCAUCUCGGCUCGCGAACGUGCCGACCAACUUGCGGCCAGCGGCCAUCCGGCCGGUGCACGCAUUGUCAGCAUUCUCACCGGAGACGCGGGAGGAGCCGAGGCGGAGACUGCCGAGCAGGCCGCCGUCCGUGUUCAGGCCGCCUGGCGCGGGUUCCGGGCGCGGCAGCUCUAUUGCGGCGCGCCGUCGCGGGCCGUUUCCCUCGGUCUGGCCACCUCGAUCGGCCUUGUCGCGGUCCGCACUCAGCUUGGUGACUCCAAGCCCAUCAACGUCUACGACGCCGCAGCGUCGCGGAACAACAUUGGCGUCCUCCGUGAGCAGCUCGAGGACCGCAUGGCCUCAUUGGACGAGACCGAUGAGCUCGGACGGACCGUUCUCGUCCGAGCGAUACUUCGGGUCGGUGCACCAUUUGCGUCACGGGCCGACGCGGUUGAGCUGGUGCGGACGCUGGUCGACGCCGGCGCCCCUGUAACUGCCGCUGACGAGCUCGGUCACAGCCCGCUUCACUACGCUGCUGCGCUCAACGCCGUCGACGUUGUCGAGCUGCUCCUCUCCGGGCUGGUCGACGUCGGCGCACUGGACGCCGGCGGCAACUCGCCGCUUCACUACGCUAAUGUCGAGGUGGCCGAGGUUCUUCUUGCCCACGGCGCUUCGGCCAUGGCGCCCAACGCAACGAGCUACACGCCAAUCCACGCCGCAAGCGCUGCCGACAAUCUUGCCCUGCUGGAAGUCCUGCUUGACACUGCAGGCGUCACCUUCCCCCUCACCCCAUCGGCGCUUGAUCUUGCUCUGCUCUCGCGGGCGCGCCGCACCAGUGAGCUGCUCAUGCACCGGUCGUCGCUCACACCGAUCUCGCUUCAUGCAGCUGCGCUCGGCGGCGACGGCAUCAUUGUUAGCAGAGUCAUUGGCGCCCAGCGAAUGACUAGCGGAUACCGCGGCAAGAUGCCGAUGUCGUGCCCGCCGCAGUUCUCGCCGCUGUUGGCGCGAGCUGGUGGCGCCAGCUUGCCGACAUUGCCGUGCGACCUGCUCUCGGCCCGAUCGCCGUCGCCGGCGGUCUCGAUCAGCCGCUCGGCAAGAUCCCCGGUGCCGAGUGGCUCCGCCUGCGGCGACGUUUCUAUCAACGACGACGAGAUUGGGCCGAACGGCAUGCAGAAGUGGUCGCCACUGGCCUAUGCAGUGUGGGGCGGACGGGUCGGCGCCGCGCUUGCGCUUCUCAAAGAGUACGGCUCGCACGACUGUGGCCGCCCCUCCACCGCAGGUGGAACAUCGGAGCUAGGCGAGACACUCGGCGACGACUCGGUGUCGGCAGUUGACGGCGGCGGCGGCGGCGCAGGAGGUGGCGACGAGAGUGUAACUGGACUCGGUCGAAGCGGGCAGACCAACUGCCUUGCGCCCCGCGGGAUGAGCUCACUGCUGCACGUGGCGGCGCGUUCGAGCAACUGCUCUGUGGCGCUGAUCGAGCUCCUGCUGACGUGGAUGGAGGCGACGCUGGCAAGCCGCGAUAGCAACGGCUGGACGCCGCUGCACGUGGCGGUGGCAGCUGAGUUGUCGACUCGCCCGACGAGCGUAUUGCUGCGGCUGGGUGCCGACGUGACUGCACUCACCGAGCGGGCCGAACACACGGUGCUCCACACUGCUGCACGGCAUGCCAGGCUUGCGGUGGUGGAAGAGGUGGUGACUGCGCCGGGUGCGAGCCUGGCUAUGGAGAUCAAGGACGGGGCAGGCCUCAGUCCGCGGGACAUGGCACUGGUGUGCGGGCGCGAGGAUGUGGUCGAAGUCUUUGUCCGCCGCUUUGGCUGGGGUUCGUCGCGGGGCAACGGGCUUCACGCGGUGGCGCGACUCGACGCCGUCGACAUGGUGCCGUUUGUCAUGCGGCGGUACCGGCCGGAUGUCAACGGGCGCGACGGUCGCGGCUUUGCGCCGCUCCACUACGCGGCUGUGCAGGCGACGAGCUCGGAGCUACCGCUGACCAUCAUCUCGCCCGAGUCACCCGUGCUGCCACAGCAAGGCCGGGUUGUCACUGCUCUCCUUGAGCACGGUGCAGACGUCGAGGUCCGCAAUGGACGCGGCGCAACUCCCCUGCAUCUGGCGGCCAAGUACGGUCGGAUUGGCCCGGUCGAGAUUUUGCUCAAGGCCAAAGCGAGCGUGUUGGCGACGAACGUCGACGGGGCGACCCCGCUCCAUCUCGCUGCCAAGUAUGAUCACCCUGAGGUGGUUUCUCGUCUUCUUGCGAGCCCCUCGGCGGAUGCGGCUGUGGUGGCUGGCGACGCCAGCGGGCGGGCGCCGCAGCACCACGCAGCACAGCUGUCUCGGGCAGACGUGGCACGACUUCUACUGGAUGCAGGUGGGCAUCCGCUGCAGCGCGAUGACCAGGAGCGGACCCCAUUGCAUGAAGCUGCAGCAGCUCCGUCUCAGUCGACACGCGUCCUUCGGGUGUACCUGGAUGCGCUCGGGGCCGGCGCAUCGCUGGAGGUGCUGGACGCUAGCGGGAGGACGCCAAUCCACUACGCGGCGGCAGCGGGCUCGACCGAGGCGCUGUCGAUGAUGAUGCAGGCUGAGAACCGGCCGAACCCAGACGGGCGCGACCGAAACGGGCAGACGCCGCUAGCGCUGGCUGCUGCCGCCGGUCACCUCGAGGUAGUCAGGAUCCUGGUCUCGCGGCUUGGGGUCGACGUGAGCGGCGUUGAUGACGCCGGCAACACGCCGCUACAUGCCGCUGUGCGAGCCGGUGCGCUUGCAGUGGUCGAGCUGCUCCUUGCGCAAGAGCAGGUGGCGGUCAACGCGACGAACAACUCUGGCGAGACCGCGCUUCACGUUGCCGGCGCCGGUUGCGAUGAGGACGACGCGCUGCGUGUUGCGUACGCGUUGCUCUCAUGUGGCCGCGAGCCGGCAUCAGCGCGAGUUCAGGUGGCGGGGACCGGCGAGACGCCAGCCGAGAGUGCACGCACACGGGGCAUGCACGAGCUCGCGCACCUCAUCGAAGUUGUCGCCGGGAUUCAUCGCGAGCGCACUGUCCGGAAUGGGCCGCGGAUCAUGCGUGGAUCCCGCGGAGUGCUCCCGAUUCCUAUUGUGGCGCCCGAGGAGGUGGUGGCGGGCGUCAAGGUCUACCCAUACGAGGCCAAGCCGUUUAUGGCUGCGCCCGCGGCUGGCCCGGCCAGUCCAGACGAGUCUGAUGCGGCGGGAAAGGUGGCAGGCCUCGAUGCCCGCAAGGCCAAGCAGCAGCGGCGGCGGCGGGUCCGGGCCAGAGUUCGCAAUCCCGGAGCAAAGCGGCCACGUCGCGGCAUGCGGUUGGUGAUUGUGGAGGAGGAGGCCGGAGGUCAAGGAGACAGAGAGCAGCGAAUGCAUGAGCCGACGCCACCGAUGAGUGGGCGGGCCAAGCAGGUGCUGAGCGAGGCUGAGAUAAGGGCGGCGACGAGCGCGCGCUUGGCUAGAUUUCAUCGGACCGACGCGGUGCUCGACGGACGGACGGACGUGGAGCUCGACGGGUGGGAGGCGGUGGACCCGCUGGCGGCCGACAACGUGUUUGGUCUUCCGCCGCUUCCGGCGUCGGAAGCCAACACCGCGAGCCAUGGCGAGACAGCCAGCUCGUCACAGGCUGGCUCGAUGGACGCGUUGCCCGAGCUGGCGGCGGGGUCCGAGUCGUCGCUGCGUGCAAGUGGGAGUGCGCGCGGGCUUGGUCUGCUUGCAGCGUCUGUGCUGGCGAGAAAGGUGGUUUAGCUCGGCUCUCUCACGCUACUACAUAAAGCGGGUCGACAGCGAGA